UGUGAUGAACAAGAUGGAUUGAAUUUCGAAAGAGGGUCAGCAUGGCAGAACAUCACAACCGAACGAUGGCGGGAGAUUAUUUUAACCGAGCGAUGGCGGGAGAUUAUUUCAACCGAGUGAUGGCGGGAGAUCAAAGCCAGAUGAUAGCGGGAGAUCAAUGCCAGAUGAUGGCGGGAGAUCACAACCGAACGACCAACGCGGUCAGCAGAUCUGUGGUAGGUUAUGUGCAGAUUGCGAAGAAGAGACGGAACUCGAAGAGCGAUCAUCCAGCUGAGGAAGAGGAAAACAAGGAGCGAGCGGCAUUGGGCUUGGAAACUGUUCUUGAAGAUACGAGGGGUACGGAGAAGGAGAUGAAGCAGGAGGACAAAGAGGAGGAGAAAGAGGAGGAGAAAGGAGAGGAAAACGAGGAGGUUGUGUGGCUGCGAUGCGGAAGGGCCGUCACUUUCGGGCGUCACUACAUGUCCACAGUUCGACUGCGCGACGUGUACGCCAGUCGUCACCACGCCGCCAUCAUCGUCACUCCCGAGGGAGUGGUAUGGCUGUGCGACACCAGCGCCAAUGGGGUGUACGCAAGUCAGAUCCGGCGACGGCGGACAGGCGACGCAAAUUUGCGAGGAGACGGUCGUCGGGAUCCCUACGAAUUGGAUGGGCGCGAUCGCCGUCGAAGAGAUGGCAGCAAGGCGGAGGUCCAGCUUGACAACAGAGGGCGACUUGAAGGGACAUCAAGUUUCAGGAAGGACUCAGAUUCGCUGCUUACAGUCUCGUGGCUUGGAGGCGGGGGCAACUCCAUCGUUCUUCCCCCCUCGACAUCAUUGUUGGUAUUCAUGGGAUGUAACCUGGAUCGAGAGGCUAUGGAACACCGACGUGACCGGCUUUGCAAAGACGUCCGCGUGGACGUACAUCGUGCAGCUGCUGAACAACGUGAAGCUAUGGCGGCGUUGCUGAGCCAACGUCCCGCUCCAACGGAUUGUUCAUGCUUCGAUAUCGUGGUCUUCUCAGGCAAGAAGAGUUGGAAAGAAGCGGCAGCUGAGCUCGCAAUGCGAAGAGGGGGAAAUAGUCAUAAUCCCUCGAUCACCAUGAUGUGCAAAAAGUCACCAUGGUCAUCACCUCGUUGUCACGGAGGCGCGAAAGAAGAGCCAAUUGUCAAGAGGCGGAGAUGCGUUGACGAUCACUCUGCUGCUGCUGCAGCUGCUGCAGCUGACGUGGCAAACAUUCCUGCUUCGCGCAGAACACCGGCGGCGGCGGCGGAUAAGAAGAGCAAACAUGAUGAGGAGCGGAAGAGACGCGCUUCGUGCGCUCGCAACUCAUCACCGACAGACUCGGCGGACCCUCUAGACCGCCGAGGAGGGAAACAUGAUGUCAGUUGCAGGUGCAUCGGCCAGUCAUGUCGCCUACAAGACCUGAGCGGCAAUUGCAGGGACCGCAUCAUCUCGCCUACAGAGAACGAUUGCUGCUGUGGCGAUAAUACUCGAGGUGGAGAUGAUGCCCAUCACGACGAUGCUCAGCAUACGGACUGCACAAUGGCACCACCAUCACCGAUGCUUGUCACUUCGGAUCGAAUCUCGACACGUUGGGAAGACGGCAUAAGACGACAGGAAAUGGGACAAAGAAGGCGUGACCAUGCUGGAAGCCAGGUUGGCAGUCAAACACGGGCGGGUGGGAACAUGGAAUCCACCUCGUGCUGCGCUAAUGUUUCCGCCCAUGGCAGGCACGGCGCUGGCCAUGGCGAGCGUGCAGACGAUGCAGGGGGUGGCGGCGGUGAUGCUGAUGAAGCAGAUAUUGGCGAUGGUUUCCAAGUUGGUGACGAGGAGGAUGACGGCAGUCAGGUAAGCAGGGGACUAAGAUCACGAUCGCCAUCUGCUGCCUUGGUCGUGAUGGAGUUUAACCGUCUCCCGCCGUACGUGCGUCGGCAGUUGCAAAACUUGCCCAGCGGCAAUGAUGCAUCAUCAUCACCAUCUAAUGGGAUUUUCCUGAGUCGCGCUGCCAGCGGUAUCUACAAAAUUUAUCGGAUUGGAAAAGAAGAAGGGGACGGCAAAAGUGCCAGGCUGCCGGAUAAUGACAAAGUUCCCUCAGGAGCGAUUGGAACUGAAGCAGCUCGUGAUCCUGGUCGUGAUCCGCGUCACGUUCAAAAUAUGAAGAACGAUGAUGACAACAAAGGAGAAGAGAGAGACCGAGACGAGGAAGCGGCAAACGUGUCUGCGAGAGAUGGUGGGUUGCCGUCCUGCGGAUGCACGGUGGGGGAAAGGUGCGGAGCGCCCGGAAGCGCUUGCCGAGCCUGCGGGUUCCGAACGGAAGAGGAUGUGCACCAUGGUGAUGACAGGUUGCCGGCGUUGCAGCGCAGGGAAAAAAGGGGAGCAGAUCUGAAUCUUAGUCGUCCGUCGAGACGUCCGAUCCAAGCGUUUUCGCUCUUUCAUCUGUACGCACCGAAAGGCCAUCUUGUUCAUCGCCAGCGCAAGCCGAGCGGUAGAGAGAAGGUUCGGGGCAAGGUUUCCAAGAUAAUAAUUGUUAAACGGAGGGACAAAAUCUAUGAGAAGAAGAGAGCAUCCAGCCAGAACAGCGCUGCCACUGACAAGAAGAAGAAGAAGAGCCUCGAUAUUGACGACAAGAGAACCACCAAUUCGCCUCCUUGGCCGUCCAAGCCUGCUGAUCUACUGCCGUCUCGGCUGGUCAAAGGGCGUCCUGCCUGUUAACGGCAAUGUCCGCAGCGGUAAAAAGACGACGACAAUGCUCCUGCCUGUUAACGGCAGUGGCGGCAGCGGUAAGAAGACAACGACAAUGCUCCUGCCUGUUAACGGCAAUGGCGGAAGCGGUAAAAAGAUAAUGACAAUGCCGCCAGGGGUAAAGACAACGGUAACGGCAGCAGUGGCAACAAAGCAGAUUCGCCUCCCUGGCCAUCCAAGAGGGCUGAUAUACUGCCGUUUCGGGUUCUCAAAGGGCGUGCAGCACGUCCUGCGCAACGGGAAAGAGCGUGGAACGCGUCCUGCACAAAGUGAAGGCGAUGGUAAAGAGAAUGGGCCUGAAUGACCAGGGCGGUGGCAGUAAAGACAACGGCAAUGG